AUGUCUGUGUUUCCUCGUUACAUUCCGCUAGAUGCCACUAAAGGAGACGAUCUGCUCUCGUCAGUCCGGGUGUUACGUGUCAGUGACAAUGCCAGAUUCCUAGCCACAAGGAUCUCGGAUGCGCGAACCAAAGACGUACCUAUCUUUGCUGAGAAAUCCGGAGAAGGAACAGACGGCUUCGAAUACGAUUCUGAGGAUUCUGAAUCUGAUGACGAGAAUGCCACAUAUAACACCAAGCUCGCCAGCGUUAUUCUUCCGACUGCUGCACUAUCCAUCUCUCGAAUCUUGAACCAUCCAAACAUCAUCUCGUUGGUCGACAUAGAUAGAAUCUCGUCAAGAGCUGGCACUUCAAGGCUAGCUGGACCUCUCGCAGAUUUGACAAUCUGGGAAGACAUGAAUGCCGGAUCUCUUGCUUACAUUGUACCAUCAGCCAACGCACUUCCUCCAUUUGACGAUAAAGCAUCCUGGAGCAUGCUUGCUGCCCAGAACUAUGGCCGAUUUUCCUUACCAGAAAGUCUCUGCUGGCAUGUCCUUCGAAGCAUAUCACGAGCUCUCUUGUGGCUACACUAUGGUGUCAAAGAAACAGCUGGUGUUCCAGGAGAAUACAAAAUUCAUGACGAAGACUGGCAGCCAAUCCUGAUAAUGGAUGUUAGCCCUUCGCAAAUUUGGUUCAAAAAGCCUGAUACCAGAAAGGGUAUAACUUAUGGUGAUUGCAAACUUGGUGGCUUCCAGACUGCAAGAGUUACCGGCAAUCGAAUGGCAAUCGCAGAAUCGAUGGGAAACGAGCCUAUCUUCAAACAAUAUUAUCAUGCUCCAGAAAUUUACACUGGUAGCCAUCCUUGGACCAGAGCUUCUGAGAUAUGGUCACUUGGCGCAGUUGUCUAUACGAUGAUGACAGGAAUUCCUCCACCUAGGAUGUUCGACUACGCCUGGCAGGUUUCACGAAUGUGCGACAAAGGCUUUUCCGAAUAUGUCAAGCCCAUAAUUCAGGACAUGCUACAAACAGAUCCAGCCGAGAGACCUGAUACUUUUGAUUUGGUUGAUAUGGUUGAUAAUCAGUGGAGGCAGUGGAGAGGAAAUACAACAGAGGGAAGAGAACUGUUUGACAAGGACGAUGAAAAGCUAUCAGAGGUGUGA